AUGGCCGAGGCUGACACGCAAAGUACGUCGACGUCGGCGGUGUUGGUGACGUUGGUGUCCAACUCGAUUCUUCUAGGGAGUUUUGUUGCUGGUUUCUUGAUUCUCAGGCUUAAGUUUAAGCGAAUCUACUCGCCCAAGUCUUCCUUUGAUCUUGUGCCUGAGGAGAAGAAGCCUGAUCCGCUUCCCGCUGACCCUGUUCGGUGGAUAUUUGUUUUGCUUACGAAACCACAUUCUUUUAUUCUUCAGCAAUGUGGAAUGGAUGGGUACUUCUUCUUGCGGUACCUCAUCAUGUGUGGGUUGAUCUUCCUUUUUGGAAUGUUGACAUGGAUCAUUUUGCUUCCUGUAAACGCUACCAAUGGCCAUGGCCACGAAGGUUUGGACCAGUUGUCGUUUGCGAAUGUGGCUAACCCAAGAAGGUACUAUGCCCAUGCGUUUAUGUCGUGGUUCUUCUAUGGCGGUGUUAUUUACAUGAUCUACAGAGAGCUUUUCUUCUUCAAUUCGCUCCGUGCUUCUGUGUUGUCUUCGCCUCGUUAUGCCAACAAGUUGGCGUCUCGUACGGUGUUGUUCCAGUCGGUGCCUGACGCUUUCCUCGAUGAAAAACAGUUCAUGAAGCUCUUCAAUGGUGUGAAGAGGAUUUACGUCUCGAGAAAUGUUCGUCUUUUGGCCCAUAAGGUUAGACAGAGAGAGAACAUGGCUAUGCAAUUGGAAGCUGCUACCACUAAGCUUUUGGUUACAGGUAUGAAGGCCAAGAAGAAGGCCGACAAGAAGGGAAUCCAGGUCGAGAACCCUGACGAUAUCUCUUCUUAUGUUCCUGAGAAGAAGAGACCACGGGUCAAGGAAGGUGGUUUCUUCUCCAAGAAGAUUGACAAGAUCGAACACUGCCGUCAAAAGCUCCAGCUCCUCAAUGCCGAGGUCAGAAAGCACCAGAAGCUUUACAGACAUGCUCCACCCAAGAACUCUCUCUUCGUGGAGUUCGAGGACCAGUACAGUGCCCAACUCGCGUACCAGACUGUCAUUCACCACAACCCAAUGAGAAUGUCGCCAGCUUACAUUGGCCACAACCCAGAGGAUAUCGAUUGGGACAACAUGCGUCUUUUCUGGUGGGAGAGAAUCACCAGAAAGCUUAUUGCUCUGGCCAUUAUCAUUGCUUUGAUUAUCUUCUGGGCCAUUCCUGUGGCAUUCGUCGGUGUUAUUUCUAACGUUAACAACUUGACUGAGAAACUUCCAUGGUUGGGUUUCAUCCAAAACUUGCCUGAUUGGUUGCUUGGUGUUGUGACUGGUUUGUUACCUACCAUUAUGUUGUCCUUGUUGAUGACAAUCUUGCCUAUGUUCAUCAGAGCUAUGGCAAAGAUUGCAGGCUGUGUCUCUUUCCAAACUACUGAGGACUUUACUCAAAACUGUUACUACGGCUUCUUGGUCGUGAACAGUUUCCUCGUUACUGCUUUGGCUUCCUCGGCCACUGCAGCUGUUGCUGAGAUCAUCAACAACCCAGCAUCUGCCAUGACACUUUUGGCUGCCAACUUACCAAGAUCCUCGAACUUCUUCAUCUCAUACCUUAUCUUGCAAGGCUUCACUAUUGCAGGUGGUGCUUUGUUCCAGGUCGUGACUUUCUUCUUGUUCUACAUUCUUGGUGCCGUUUUGGAUAAGACGCUCAGAAAGAAGUGGGAGAGAUUCUCCGGUUUGGGUUUGGUGAUGUGGGGAACAACUUUCCCUCUUUUCACUAACUUGGCCACCAUCACAUUGGCUUUCGCCAUCAUCGCUCCAAUGAUCUUGCUCUUUGGAUGCGUCGCCUUCCUUUUGGCAUUCAUCGCCUAUGGCCACAACUUGACCUACUGUUUCAUUGAAGCUCCUGAUAACAGAGGUAUGCACUACCCAAGAGCUUUGUUCCACACCUUCACUGGUCUCUACUUGGGCCAGGUCUGUUUGUUGGGUUUGUUCGUUGUCGGUAAGGGUUGGGGCUGUGUUGCAUUGCAAGCCAUUGGUAUUGCGGCCACGGCUUUCUGCCACCACAACUUGCUUGAAGCUUUCGGUCGUUUGACCACUGUCCUUCCAAUCGACUGUAUGAAGCCAUUGGACGGAUUUUCCCAGACUGUUUCUUGUCUGACGGAUUCUGACUUCAAGAGGAAGGUUUUGGACAAGAACAAGGCCAACGAGCCUAAGGUUCUUGAGGAAGAUAAGAUCGACCAAGCCAGAGUUGAAGAAGAGACAGGCCAGCUAGAAGGUGGCCACAACCUUGUGCCAUUGUUGGCAGACAGAGACUUCAAGACCACCGAGUCUAAGAACUGGUUUGUCCGGUUCGUUCGUCCCGACGUAUUCUUAAACUUCAGACACGCAAAGAGAAUGAUUCCAGCUACAUACAACAUGGAAGAAGAAGUUACGGACGACAAGCAUGCAUAUGAUCAGCCUGCUAUUGCAGCACAAAUGCCAAAGCUCUGGAUCCCCAGAGACCCAUACGGAUGGUCGAGGAGAGAGAUAGAGGAUAACGAGAAGAUUAUUGAGGUGACCGACGAGAACUCUGGCUUCAGCGACAAAUGCGUGCCUCAGUUCUUUGGCGAAGCACCUCUCUAA